UAUCCGUCUCAGCCUGCCUGUCUAUAAAUUCAAACGACCGGUGACAGAGUGUAGUAGAGAACUCGACACAGUUUGUGUGGCAUCUUCUUAUCCUCUCAAUCAUCAGGGCACUGAUAUUUCAUAUUAAUUUCAUCUACAAAUUUGCCGUUUCAGUGAAGGAUUCUGUUACAUCGCUGAAUCAUGAGGUCCAUUGCGGUAAUCUUGCUAUGCUGGCUGUACGACAUUGCGAUUUCAAAAUCAGCAGAAGCUUUAUUGAGUGAUCAAUGGAAAACAUCGGUUUCUUCAUCAAUAAAACCUUCAGAUUGCAAAGACAAAAUCUCCAAAUCAUUAUGCAUCAAGUACGACAAAUACUGUGACAUAAGUGACAGCUUGAAAGAGCUGUGCCCAAGAACCUGUGGUUUAUGCAAAGAAGUAUCACCACUGCUAUGCAAUGAAAUGCCAUUUGGAUGUUGCUGGGACGGCGCAACAUACGCAACAGGGCCAAACCAAAAAGGAUGCCCAGCUUGCAAAGACAGGAGCAUCAAAUGCGCCAAACACGCAACAAAAAAGAAUUGCGACACAUAUAACACCAUUCGAACUCAAUGUGCUUCGUCGUGUGGUCUUUGUGGAGGUUGCCAAGAUGAUCCAGAACAAAGAGAUUUUUGCCCAACAUUUAAAAAAUCUGGCUUCUGCGAAACAAUGAAGGGAAAUAUGGAGCGUUUGUGCAAGAAGACCUGUAACCUCUGUGACGAAUCAUAAAAGCAGAGAAAAGAAAACAGAAGGCGGAUUGCCUUUUAAAAAGGCUUACUGGAUAUUUGCUAGACAGUUUUGUUCAUAGUUUGGGCUUUAUACAAGAGGAGAGUGGAAACUUCUUGCGUGAACACAUAUGCACUGAGAAC